AUGAGAUUAGGGCCAAAGAAAGCCGCGAAGGCUGCGAAGGGCGCGCCCAAGGGCGCAGCAGAGUCCGCGGUGCCCAGUGGACCAGCUGGAGCUGGCCAGGUCUUCAAUAUCUUCGCGGAAAGGCCGGAUGAAGAGAUCAAGCCAGAUAGCUGGUAUCCGAAUUGGCUUUGGAAAUUGGAGACGCCUCCCAAGCACUAUGGCGACCUCACUCUCAUGUUCGUCCAUGGGGUCAAUAUUGAAGAGGCGACGCUGAGUGAUUACCAGCGCUUCCUGCGGCAGCACCGCAAGAUGAUUAUCAAGAUCAACAACUUGCGCUUGAAGCGAAGCAAGAAGAGGCCUGGUCUAAAGAUCAGCUGA